AUGAAGCACCGUGCCGUACACCAGCUGAGGAGGGCCAUUGGAGCCGCGACUAUUCGACUCCCUGUAAGACGCUGUUAUUCGACACAUCCUCCCAAUGCCAGAUUAAACCUUCCCGUCGACUAUGCCACGACCCCUCUGCUCGCCCAUAGCUCCCAGGCAGCUCUUAGUAGCAAGGAGCUCCCAGAGGACGUCCGCAAUGGCCCGACAAAGAAGAUGAACCUGUUCCAGGCCAUCAACGACGCCAUGGGCAUUGCCCUCGCCGAAGACGAGUCGGUCGUUGUUUUCGGCGAAGAUGUCGCCUUUGGAGGAGUCUUCAGAUGCACCAUGAAGCUCGCAGAUACCCACGGCGCUGAAAGAGUGUUCAACACCCCCCUGACAGAACAAGGCAUCAUGGGUUUUGGUAUCGGACUGGCUGCUGAGGGCAUGCGACCCAUUGCCGAGAUUCAGUUCGCCGACUACGUCUACCCAGCGUUCGACCAGCUCGUGAACGAAGCUGCCAAGUUCAGAUACCGUGAUGGAACUUGUGGCCGGAGCGUGGGCGGCCUGACUGUGCGCAUGCCAUGUGGUGGUGUCGGCCACGGCGGACUGUACCACUCUCAAUCACCCGAAAGCCUGUUUACCCAUAUUCCAGGCUUGAGAGUUAUCAUGCCGCGCUCUCCAGCCCAAGCCAAGGGUCUUCUUCUCGCGGCCAUCCGCAGCAACGACCCCUGCGUCUUCAUGGAGCCCAAGAUCCUGUACCGCGCCGCCGUUGAGCAAGUUCCCACGGGGGCGUAUGAGCUCCCACUAUCAAAGGCCGAGGUUCUGAAGGAAGGCAAGGACGUGACUAUCAUUUCCUAUGGCCAACCUCUGUACCUCUGCCAGUCCGCUAUCAAGCAGGCGGAGCGAGACCUGGGCAUCUCCGUCGAGCUGAUUGAUCUCCGGACGGUGUAUCCUUGGGACAAGAAGACAGUAUUUGAGAGUGUGCGAAAGACUGGAAGAGUCAUGGUGGUUCAUGAAUCUAUGGUCAACGCAGGUAUCGGCGCAGAGGUUGCUGCGGCUAUUCAGGAAGACCCGGAUACCUUCCUUCGACUGGAAGCCCCCGUUGCUCGAGUUGCGGGAUGGAGUAUCCAUAACCCUCUGAUCUUUGAGAAGUUCCAUCUUCCAGAUGUUGCCAGAAUCUAUGACAACAUCAAGAGGGUCUUGGACUAUUAG